UAAAAAAUUGCAAGGUUCUUAGUAUAUAUAAUUAAUUUCUUCCAUGGAAUGAAUUUGUUGGGAUAACAAAUGAACAGUUUUUUUUUUUUUUUUUUUUAAAUAUUAAACAAUUUAAUAGAAUUAUAACGAACUUGCAAAAUCUAAACCUUUUUCUUACCGGAAAAUUAACUAACUUUUAUCUUCACCAUAUUUAGCCUUAAUCCGUUAUUCCCUCUCUGAGUUUUCCCGGGGAAAUUUUACCGUCUCUCAAAGUUUUUCUUAGGUCAAUUGUUCCACCAAUCGUGACAUCCAUUUUCUUUUUCUUUGGAGACUCUUCUGAAUUCAAUUUGUCACAAAAUCUUGAUUCAAACGGAGACUUGUAAUUUUCCUACAAAACAGAGAAGAAGGUUAUGUCUUUUUUUCUACCGAUGCCACAUUCGGUGACGAAGACAAAGAAGACCGUUUUUUGAUUCAAUCUCAUCAAAAAUGGGUUUUCUUCAAUCUCUCUUCAGAUCUCGGAGCCUAAAUAUUUUGAUCCUCGCUCUGUUUUUCAGCAGUAAUAGUUUCCCUCUCGUCCAAUCACAAGACCCACCUUUCAUUCCACAAUCUCCUCCGCCUCCACCGCCACCUCCACCACCACCGCCGCCUCCUCCUCCUCCUCCACCACCACCACCGGCACCACCUGUCAAUGUGAGCGUCGAUACAGGCACUGCUCCACCACCUCCUCCAGUCACGGAUAUGAUUAAGCCUCUGUCUUCUCCGCCGCCACCUAAACCACCACCGAGGUCACAAUCCCCUCCGCAGCCUCCCCAAAAGAACCUGCCACGGCGGCUUCCUCCUCCUCCUCGGCCUCCGGAGAAAUUGAAAAGCGGUGGUUUAAACAAAGGGAAGACGGUGGGACUUGUCUUUGUUGGGUUAAUAGCAAUGUUGCAGGUCCUCGUUGUUGUCUUCUUGGUUUUCAAGAGAAAGCAGCUUUUCAGCUUGAAAGACACUAAUUGAGAUUCUAACCAUUUCCGGAUUGACCUUAACUAUUUUGUUCAUUUGAGGCCAUUUAUUAGAGAUGAGAGUGUAUUAGGAAGACAGAAAAUGCAAGCUCUAAACUCUUAUGCAAAAUUGUUUCAGAAAUCUCAUGUGUUUGUCUUUUCAAGAUCAA